AUGACCCACAGGGACAAUGCAGGUCCUGUUUGCAGCCUGAAGCUUGUGACUCUCCUGGUUGCCUUAGGUGCAGAAUUCCUAGUACUGGUAACCAGAGUGCAGCUUCAAGACAAUGGGUAUAAUGGAAUACUUAUUGCAAUCAAUCCUCAGGUAUCCGAGGAUCAGAACCUCAUCCCAAACAUAAAGGAAAUGAUAACUGAAGCUUCUUUUUACCUGUUUAAUGCUACCAAGAGAAGAGUGUUUUUCAGAAAUAUAAAAAUUUUAACACUUGCCACAUGGAAAGCUAAUAAUUAGAGCAAAGUAAAACAAGAAUCAUAUGAAAAAUUUAGCUCAAGGUGGUCAUCUGAUAUCACAAGCAUGUUUGUGUGUAAAAAAAAGCCUUGCCUCCAAGAAAAUUGUAUUAUUAGUAAGCUUUUCCAAGGAUGCAUAUUUAUAUAUAAUAGCAUCCAAAAUGCAAUUGCAUCAAUAAUGUUCAUGCAAAGUUUAUCUUCUGUGGUUGAAUUCUGUAAUGCAAGCACCCACAACCAAGAAGCUUCAAACCUACAGAACUAAAUGUGCAGACUCAGAAGUAUAUGGAAUGUGAUCUCAGACUCUGCUGACUUCAAUAACAGCUUUCCCAUAAAUAGGGCUGACCUUCCACCUUCUCCCACAUUCUCCCUUAUACAGGCUGGCAAAAAAGUGUGUUUAGUGCUGGAUGUGCCCAGCAAGAUGGCAGAGGCGGACAGACUUCUUUGACUGUAACAAGCAGCAGAAUUUUACUUGAUGCAGAUUGCUGAAAUUCAUACCUUUGUGGGCAUUGCUAGUUUCGACAAAGGAGAGGUCAGAGCCCAGCUACAUCAACUUAACAAUGAUGAUGCCUAAAAGUUACUAGUUUCAUAUCUGCCUGCCACUGUGUCAGCUGAAGCAGAAACUAGCAUCUGCUCAGGGCUUAAGAAAGGAUUUGAGGUGGUCGAAAAACUGAAUGGAAAAGCCUAUGGCUCUGUGAUGAUAUUAGCGAUCAGUGGAAAUGAUUAGCACAUUGGCAAUUGCUUAACCACUGUACUCAGCAGUGGUUCAACCAUUCAUUCCAUUGCCUUAGGUUCAUCUGCAGUCGAAAACCUGAAGGAAUUAUCACAUACUACAGGAAGUUUAAAGUUCUUUAUUCCAGAUAAAUCAAACUCCAAUAGCAUAACUGAUGUUUUCGGUAGAAUUUCCUCUGGAACUGGAGAUAUUUUUCAAUAACAUUUGCAACUUGAAAGUACAGGUGAGAAUGUUAAACCUCACCAUCAAUUGCAAAGCACUGUGACUGUGCAUAACAAUGUAGGCAAUGACACUACCUUUCUAGUCAUAUGGCAGACCAGUGGUCUCCCUGAGAUUGUAUUAUUUGAUCCUGAUGGAAGGAAAUAUCCCACAGAUAAUUUUAUCAUCAAUCAAGCUUUGUAGACUGCUCGUCUCUGGAUUCUAGGAACUGCUAAGUCCGGGCUCUGGACUUACACACUGAACGAUACCCACCAUUCUCUUCAAGCCUUGAAAAUGACAGUGACUUCUCACGCCUCCCACUCAGCCAUGCCUUCUGCUAUCGUGGAAGCCUUUGUAGAGGAGCCAGCCCACUUUCCCCAUCCCAUGAUGAUUUAUGCAAAUGUAACUGCUACAAUUGAGCCAGAGACAGAACAUCUUGUUACAUUGAAAUUUUUUGAUGAUGGAGCAGGUGCUGAUGUUAUAAAAAAAGGUGGCAUUUACUAGAGGUAUUUUUUCUCCUUUGCUGUAAGUGGUAGAUACAGCUUGAAAGUGCUUGUCAAUCACACUCCCAGCAAAAGCACCCUAGCCCACUCUACAGGAAGUCAUGCUAUCUAUACACCAGGUUACAUAGUAAACGGUUGCUUAAAUUCUAUUCGCCUCAGUUUUCUUAUAUGGAAAACAGGACUAAAACUAUCUCCUUCCUAUAAAAUAAGAAUGAGUAAAAGUUUACAGAAUAUUCAAGAUGACUUUAACAAUGCCAUUUUAGUGAAUAUAUCAAAGCUAAAUCCUCAACAAGCUGGCACCAAGGAGAUAUUUACAUUCUCACUAAAGCUCUUCGUAAAUGAACCUGAAUAUCAACCUGGUGGAGAGACACAAGAAAGCCACAGGAUUUAUGUGGCAAUAAGAACCAUAGAUAGGAACUCUUUAAAAUCUCCAGUAUCUAACAUCAUCCAGGCAUCGCUCUUUAUUCCCCCAAAUUCUACUCCUGUGCUUGCCAGAGAUUGUCUUAUAUUGAAAGGAGUUUUAACAGCAAUGGGUUUGAUAGGAAUCAUUUGCCUCACUAUAGUUGUACACACUGUAAACAGGAAAAAGGGAGCAGACAAAAAAUGA